AUGUCGGUCACUUCCGAUGUCUCUACCCUGAAGGCUUCCGCCGUCAAAACACACACCAUGCCCAUGGAGAAACGCAACAUUGCCCGCUACGAGACGACCGCCGUGUACACGCACCCCGACGCCGAGGUGGACAUUGUCCUGGUACACGGCCUCAACGGCCGCCCUGAUCACACCUGGACCUCGCCCGACGGCACGUUCUGGCCCACGGACCUCCUGCCCGAAGCCCUCCGCGGCGCGCCCGCCAACAUCCUCGUCUACGGCUACAACGCCGACGUCUACUCGCGGCACAACAGCCGCAGCGCCAGCGACAACUUCAUCCAUCAGCACGCGCAGACGCUCGUGACCAGCCUGACGCUGUUCCGCCGCGGCCAUGGACGCGCGCGUCGGCCGCUCGUCUGGGUCGCGCACAGCCUGGGCGGCAUCCUUGUCAAGCGCGCGUUGCUCUACUCGGGCGACCUGCGCGCCGCGCACCACGACGACUACCGCUCCGUCUUCGUCUCGACAUACGGCAUCGUCUUCCUCGGCACGCCUCACGCCGGUGCCGGCGCCGCCGCCUGGGGGUGCGCCCUGCAGGCCAUGUCCGACGCCGUGCUGCCGCGCAAGCUGUUUGAGUCCGAGUCGGUCCUGCUCAAGACGCUGAAAAAGGACAAUGAGACGCUCGCCAACAUUAACAACCACUUUCUCGACAUUUACCAGCGCUUCCGCAUCCACAUGGCGCACGAGAACCACAAGACGGACGUCAAGGGCACAAAGAUGGUCAUUGUCGACGCCAACUCGGCCAGCCCGCAGCUCCCUGGCGUCACCUACUACGGCGUCGAGGCCACGCACUCGGAAAUGUGCAAGUUUGCCUCGGCCAGCGCCCCGGGCUUCUGCGCCCUCUCCACCGACGUCCGGCAGUGGGUGCUCGACGCGCCGGCCCUCAUUGCGCGCCGCUGGGCCGCCGAGGACUACGAGCGCGCCGCGCGCGUGCACAGCGAAAUCACCGAGCGCGUCGUCUCGCCCUUUGCAAGUCUUCCGCCGCACAAAAAGCACGACGCCGUGCCUUCUGCGCCUCCCAGCCCGGCACCGCCAUAUUCUGUCGCCGUGGCCGGACCGCCGCCGCCUGCUUAUGAGCAAGUGCCGCCGUCGCAGCCAUCGCCACAGUAUGCGCCGGCUCCGAUACCUGCUGCUGCUGCUCCGUCUGUCUGCCGCUGUUGCUGUCACAUGCUGUCGUCGUCGUCGUCGUCGUCGUUGUCGUCAUCGUCAUCGUCUAACAAAGGGUAUCCAGAUGAGCGCGUCGCCGCCGUGGUCAAGGGCAUCACCGCCGCCGCCUCUCUUGGGUGCCUCGUCGCCGAAGCCGUCAUCAUCGGCGUCACUGAUCUCGCUGCCGCCACCGUACGCAGGUCCCCGUCCCUAUCAAGACGCCCCACUGCAUCGUCGGGCGAGGAGCCACAUGGAGACUCACUUCUUCCGCGAUCUGCUUGA